UUAAUAUUUUGAAGUUAAGACUUAGCGCAUUGUGCGAGUCAUUGUCAGAAGACAAAGGUCGGCGUAAAGUAGAAGUCACCUGCCUGGAUGACUGGACAAGCGGCUAGGGCGCUCACCUGCGCUGUUGUCUUCUCCUUUUAAAGUGCUGAUCGUCUGCAGUACCCGCUCUCGGAACGAAGAGACUACGCUUCAUGAAAGACAAAAGCAGUAAUUUCGAGCAGUUUUUCUGGUGUCAGCGUGGUGUGGAGGAGUUUUUGAAGCUGCGGCCCGUAACCUAGGAUGGCUCUCCAAGUGAACCUGAAGGGUCCUUCUCCUUGGGGCUUCAGAAUAUCAGGAGGAAGAGACUUUAAAAAACCCAUCUCUGUCUCCAAGGUUAAUGGAGGCAGCAAGGCUGAUUUGGCUGACCUUCGGACUGGGGAUGUUAUCCUUGAAAUCAACGGUCAGAGCACCACAGACAUGCUGAACGUGGAGGCACAGAAUAAAAUCAAGUCUAGCAAUGCCACACUACUCCUGCUUGUUGAAAGACCAGAGCCUGCUCCUGCCAGUCAGUCUAAUGGAGUCUCAACACCAGAUCACCUUGGCUACAAGUUUCAGGAGGCAUUGCAGUGUAGCCGAGAUGAGAACUAUAACAACUAUACCUUUCCAAGUCCAACUUCUCCGCUGGCCAGUCCUUUUUCUCCAGAGCCACUGAAUUCCCGUUAUUCCAUGGGUAAUGGCAAGUGGGACAACACCUACAGCAGCAAGAGUGCCCACACUGAUUCCUGGUCCCCUGUAGAGAAGACGAUCAGUCCACGUGUGUCCCAGUUCUCACCAGCUCAGAAUUGUGCAGCAGAUGUUCGGAGUAAUUCACUCCCAAGGACCCCAACCCCUCCAGGCCGAUAUUCACCUCGUAGCCCGGGGGAUAAAACACCAGAUUCCUGGGUAUCAAGCAAUUCACCUAGAAGGAGCUCAGACACCAUGCAGAAGUUUGACCGAGACUCAGAAGUAUACAAGAUGAUCCAGGAGAAUAAAGAGUCGCGAGCAGCCCCCCGACAAUCCAAUACCUUCCGCAUGCUGCAAGAGGUGCUAGAGGCAGAUGAGAAAGAAGCUGCAGCCCGAUUCCCUGGAAAAUUCUCCCCCACACCCCCGAAGACUACCCAGUCUGUGGCAGGAGUGCAGAAAUUCCACAUCUGUGAGAAAUGUCAUGCUAAUAUUGUGACCCAGGCAGUGAGGAUUACAGAAGAUUGUUAUCGCCACCCAGAGUGCUACACUUGUACACAGUGUGGUCUCAACUUGAAGAUGAGGGGACACUUCUGGGUGGAUGAAGAGAUGUACUGUGAGAAACAUGCCCGUGAGAGGUAUCAGGGGCCACAAGGAGCCACUGUCACUUUGAUCUCCCACAAAUCCUAAAGUUUUGGAGAAGCCACAGAUGGAGAUGCAUGAAAAACUCCUGCACAUUCUCGGAAAGCAACCCCCUCCGCCCCCCUCAAAUUCUGAACCACCAGCAGUGACGCACAGUCACUAUUUUAAUUCCAACUUUUUUGCACAGUAAACAGUGAAGAACACUUUUUUUUUUUUUUUUUUUGAUUGACAGAUUAAUCACUUGUACAUAUCUGGAUUUUUGGAGUUUCCACUUAUAUCAUUCUGCUAGAAGUGGUUUCUGUAAACAUGUUAACCUUUCACACCCAGGUGCCCCUUCUCUUCCAACGCUAACACCAUCUCCCACAGUACCACUGCUAGCUAGAAAAGUCUAUUAUGAUAUGCAAACUCAGAAAAAACAGUGAAACUGAAGCGGUGGUACACACUGUACAGUACACAGCAAAUGUAGGGGCCACCAAGAGAAGAUCACAUAAGCCAGUUAAAACAGUAGGAUAUCACCAGCAUUUCACCCUCUUUUAGUUUCCAACACAUCUUCAGAAAUAAAAUAUUGCUAUUAAGAAGUGUCACACAUUCAAGUAGUAAUACCCGUUUUGGGGUGGGGGGAGUGUGCCUUAAUGGCUGAAGCGUGGGGCAAAAUUAACUGCUUCAAUGGAACACAGUAGAGGGGUACCUGGGUUAAAGUUGUUAACUCUAUCCAUAAUAAACCUCAGCACCUCCAUGCUAGACAGCUUCCAUGGGCUAAAAUGAAAUACAAAUUUAUUUUCUGCAAACACACAAUGGCGAGAGACUUAGCAGAACCUUUUGUGCUUUAUUGCCGGCUAAUGGACACUAUAUGUUAUACAAUUGUCGUUUUUUGUUAUUUAUUUCAAGCGCUUCAAAUGUAUCUGAACUUUGUGUAAAAUGCUCAACAUUUUCUUUUUAGGAAAACUCUGCACAGAUGGUAACUUGUAUGUUUCUGAAAGUCUGGUAUUAAAACCUGGUCUUUCUCAGCUGUAAGCGACUUUGCCAGUCUCGAAGGUGAACUGGCACAACGCUCUCUCCGUUUCUUGUGCCUUCUUGCAUGUAGCUUGGCAUACUUUUUUUUUCCCCUGAUUUGCCACUCUUGCCUGAAAGUAAGUGUUAUUCACAGCUUUAUCUGUUACAGAUGAGUCUGUCUUGAGUUUACCACAGUUGGCACUAACCUAGCCAUCAGACAGAGUCUCAUUUGGCAGUGUUCUGCAAGAAGGAUGCAGAUUAUUUUGUUGUUUUAAUUUGAGAAAGCAAAUGUCUUUUUCUUUUCUGUUCUGAACAAUAUUUCAGUACCCACUCUAAAAUGUACUCUCAGCACCUGCGUGAAGAUGGAUCCAAAUACAGCUGACAGCAGGUAUAUUGAGUUAAACUGGCAAAGUCAAGGAAAAAUGUCCAAAUGUGCCUUAUUAGAAAAGACAGAGUGCUAUGACUUGAGGAAAAUCAGAGAUGAUGGGUGCUUUAGAAGAGAACCGUGGCUCACAUUUUUGUUUUCGAAAUGAUGUCAAGAGUUGUGGAGGCUUUCAUGUACCUGGUGUAGAACACACACUUCAAAACCAAGGAAAGCCUGAAUGUGUAAGCCUUGCCUGAACUGGGAGGCAGAAGUGGAAGUGCCUACAUACUGAAGAGGAGUUUUGAUUCACAGAUUUGCUGUUCAUUAUACUGAUGUCAUUUUGAAUAAAAAUUAGCAUUGUAGAGCUGUAGUAAAUCAUUUGGGUCUACACAUGUAUGCCAUUUUAUUUAAGAAAUGCUGAAAAUUAAAAGAAUCAUGGCUGCAA